AUGUCACCAACUCCAUUCGUGUCGAUUCGAAAGUGGAUUCACUGGCAGGGAGAAGAGGCUGGAGAAGACACGGAUACACUCGUUCUGACUUCCGCGGCUAAAUACUUCAUCGACAUCCGUAUUUAUCUUCCUAAGUCUCCUUCAAACAUUACACAAUCCGACCCCAAUCUUCCACCGACACGAUUAGAAUGGGCGUUCGCAGGAACGGCAUAUAGCACACCCGCAGAACACGACAGCGAAACAGGACAAUUGAAGAAGCCAGCACAUACACAAUGGACUCAUUGGAUUGAUAACAAGACUACCGACGAGGUGAUGGAUGAAGGCGAUAUGUUCCCCAAAGAUGAUGGCUCGAAUGAAGUCCUCGAACGAGGCGCGAUGGUCAAUCCUAAUACCGGCAACAUGCAAAAAUACGAGGAGUGCUGGGCUGAUCUAGAUUCUGUACUGUUACCAGGAGAAGAUCAGUUCCAGAGCUGGGUACUAGUCACCAAGACAGCGACCCCUGAUACGGUUGUUCGAGGGAUGAUGAUUAGGAUUGGCGGAUAUGUCCAAGCUAUUUUGAGGAAUAAUAAGGAGGUUGGGCUGAAGAAGUGGAAAUGGAGCGAGGAUGAAAAGAUUUGGAGGGAAACGGCGGUGAUGGGGAAUCUUGGUUCUCCUUUGGGGACGAAGGACUUGGGGAAGGCUAUGAAGCUUGGAGAUGAGUUUGUUGCUCAUGAUGGAUUGAUGUGGAGAUGUGUGGAGGCUUAUGCGUGGAAGUGA